CGGAGCAGGCACCCACCCCUCUUGCCGCUUCCAUUGCAUCCAUCACCGGACGCACCUCAUCGACGUCGGCCCAUCCGCCUCCUUUCCGCCCUUCUUCCCGUCCACUCCCCAGGCCCUCGGGUGCCUCCUCACCCGUCAUGGCGACCCAGCAAAGUCCGCCUUUCAAGGUGGACCGCUACGUGGUCAUUCACGUCGCGACCACCUGCGACGAGCACGGCGUUUAUGUGACCAAGGAUUCCGCCGAGGUCAUUGAGCUCGGUUGGAUCCUUUUGGAUGCCAACAACCUCGAGGAGAUUCAUAGAGAGAGCGUCCUCGUCAAGCCGGUCAACACCCCCAUUACUCCUCUCUGCACGAGCUUGACGACCCUCACGUGGGAACAUGUCCGUAACGCCGGCACCUUCAGGGAUGCCAUCAACCGCUUCGAUGCUUUUGCUUCCGAACACUUGACUGGCCCCAACCUCGAUUUCGUUUUCGUCACCCUCGAGGCUUGGGAUUUGCGCGUCCAGCUCCCUAGGGAAGCCCGUGACAAGGCCGUUGUCCUUCCCCCCUAUCUGCAGCACUCGCGCACUUUCGAUCUACGCACCGAAUACCAAAGAUGGCAGCAGCAUCACCCCGAGUCGCUGCCUUUCGGCCCCUCGUCGCUUGCUAACAUAUGCGCGGCCCUCGAGGUGGAGGCUGUGCAGAGCAGCGCUCCCAUCAAGCACAACCUGCCCUUCCACCUGCAGGCUCUUGCCCCCGCGUCUCCUCGCCGUGCCAUGGAGGAAGCUGUCACCCUUGCCCGUGUUUUGCGUAGCUUGAUUCGCAAGUCGCAGCCCGCUCAUGAGCAUCCUGAUGUGCUUACUCGGCCUAUGGAUGCCCGUGCUGACGUUCGUGCCUUCUUGUCGGAGCGCAGCAAGGUUUUGCACAUGUCCGGCUUGCCUCACGACACUACCCAGUCUGAGCUGGAGAGUUGGUUCACCCAGUACGGCGGUAGGCCCAUUGCGUUCUGGACUCUCCGUACUCCAGAGCAGCACAAGCCUACCGGAACCGGCUUCGCCGUCUUUUCUUCCCACGAAGAGGCCGCCGAAAGUCUUUGCAUGAACGGAAGGGCUUUGAACGAAAAGGCUAUUGAGGUGUCGCCCUCCUCUAGCAGGGUUCUCGAUCGCGCUUCCGAGAUCCUUACGCCCUUCCCCCCCAGCAAGAACCGCCCCAGACCUGGUGACUGGACGUGCCCUUCUUGCGGUUUCUCCAACUUCCAGCGCCGCACAGCCUGCUUCCGCUGCUCCUUCCCGGCUGUCAGUGCCGGUCCCACUGGCGAGAUGGGCUAUGGCUAUGGCUAUGGCCCCCCGGCUAUGAUGCCCGCUCCUCCUCACAUGGGCCAUCACGGUCACGGCGGUGGACACGGCCGUAUGGGCGGCUCUGGUGUCGUUCCGUUCCGUGCCGGUGACUGGAAGUGCGGCAACGAGGUUUGCGGGUACCACAACUUCGCCAAGAAUGUGUGCUGUCUUCGCUGUGGAGCGAGCCGUGCUGGCGCUGCUGUGGUCGCCGACUCGGGCUAUCCAUCUCCCCUGGACGCUCAAACCUCCUACGGCAUGAAUCAAGGAUCCAUGGGCGGCAACUCUGCCCCUGGUCCCUUUGCUUCCGCCGGUGGCUUUAACUCUGCGAGUGGAUAUGGCCAGCAUUUCGGUGGCCCGCCCAGCACCUACGCACUUCCCUCUGGCCUCGGUGGCGGUGCUGCCCCUUACCCUUCGCUGAACACCCAUUUCGGUCCCGCUCCUGGUUCUCACUCGGCUGGUCCUUUCGAUAGCCGUGCCGCCGAGGCCGCUUUCCAGUCUGCCAGCAACGGACCCGCCUCUGCCGGACCUGGAAACAACUUUUAUUCUCAGACUGAGAACGAUCCUUUUGCUUUCCUCUCCAGUGGCAUCGGCAGCCUCUCCGUGAGCAACCAGGAUGCUCGUCAGAACGGUGGCGCGGUUCCUGCCAGCAAGUCACCCGCGUAAAGGAACAACAACACAACUCUUCCCAGUGCCAAGCCGUACAACGGAUUGCUCACAUGGCAUCGAGCUUUCGAUUGUUUCUUCAGUUGUGAAUUUCACCGCGAACAAUUUUGGGAACGAGAA